UUUGUUAAAGUUAUGUUAUUGUUAUAAUCCUAGUGGUUAAUUGUUGCGUUUAUUUUUAUUUCUUUGACACACAUUAAUAUCCUUUGUCUGUGAAUUUGCCACUUUAACAGCCACCAAAAUGAAGUUGGACUUUACAAUGAACGAUCGCCACAACCUGCGAUUCCAAGCGCUGUACGGCGCAUUGGUUCCACAGAUCGCGCGUCAGGUGCCCUUUACCGAGCCAGAGGUGUCCUGCCUCCUGCUGAUCUACUACAAGUACAGCCUGCAGAAUGGCCCCACCUCGCGACAGAUAACCAACACUCAGUUUGGAAAGAUUGUUAUUGGGUUCCAGCAGCUGUAUGACAUGGAUGCGGUGGACCGCAUCGUGACCUUGAUCACGGGCGACAGGAAGUAUGUGAAGCCCAUGGAGUUUAUCCAGUUCAUGACCAUCAUAAUGACCCGCGACAUAGAGCGCAAGAUGGAGUUUGCAUACAUGGUCUAUGACAAAUUUGACUUGGGUAUUAAUCGCGAGAUUAUUUCCAAUGCCGUGGAGAAAUUCUUUCCCGGGGACGAUGACGAGGUACUCGAGAUGCGACUGGACAUGGUCGAGUUUUUAAUUCUCAAAUUUGAUGAAGACCAAGACGGUGUCAUCACAUUUGAGGAGUACAAAAGCGUCGUGAUGCAUCAGCCGCACUUGCUCGAGUUCCUGGGCCCCAUUUUUCCCUCGGACGACAUUCGCCAAGUGAUUGCCUACUGCACGGCCAUAUACUCUCACAUUCCAGAGCUGAGCUCGAUGUAGUAGCAAUGGCAUGUAGGGUGUAUGGCGGUCUGCCAGGAUGACUCCCUCGCCGCAUAAAUCUUUCAGGCACAAAUAAAUCGAAAGCAAUGCAAAUCAGUGCGCCCCGUCGCCGCGUUUCCCUAUGUUCAGCCAUUGUAGCCACUCGAAAAUGUCAAUGACAAUGAUGAUGAACUGCAAAAUAGAGCGCUGACAGCUGCAACGAGACGCUGGAUGGAUGGAUAGAUGGAUGGCUGAAUGGAGAAAUAUAUAGAGGACCACAGCUGCCUCAGAGCCACACCAGGAAAAAAAUCAAACUUCAGACUUCCCCCUCACUAACAUCAGUAAUAAUUAAGUGACAAAACGACAUGUAAAAUGUAUUAAAAUAAAUUAAAUCAAUGUAA